AUGAUUUCUGAAGCCUCCUACCUCGCGGCAAAGACGCUCUCCGCGAUCUACAUCCUGACAUGUGCCGUCCGUCGCUUCCUGCCAGACCCCGCAGUCCGCCAACUUGGGCCGCUGACCCCAUAUCUGCUACCAUGGGUGGCUUUCGCCCUCGUUCCUGUGUUUUUAUAUACCAGCAACAAGCAUUUCUGGCUGAGAAGCAACCGUGUGCACAAGACUAAACCCGGAAAUGUUUAUCCUCACCGCGACCCUAUUCUUGGUGUGGACUGGAUGAUAAGUGCGUCCAAAGGUCUCAAGGCAUACAACCUUCUGGAAACCUGGGAUGGCCUGUUCGCUUCCAUUGGCAAUAGUUUCUGGCACCUGGCCUUCGGGAAGUGGAUUCUUCUAACAAACGAGCCUGAGAACUUGAAGGUGUUGCUCUCCACGCAGUUCGAAAGCUGGCCGAUUGGUGGUGUACGGCAAACGACGACAGUCAUCACGCUUGGCCCGCAUGCCAUAUUCUCCGUCAACGGGAAGGAAUGGCAGCAAGGGAGGGCAUUGAUAAAGCCGAGCUUUGUGAGGAACCAGGUUGCAGAUCUGGAAUGUCAGGAUAGGCAUGUGGAGAGGUUCCUCGCCAAGAUCCCUAGAGACGGGUCCAGUGUUGAUCUCCAAAAGCUCCUCUACUUGAUGACUAUGGACUCAGCUACCGACUUCAUGUUUGGAUAUUCGACAGAGAUGCUUCUCAACCCAACAAAGGAAACCUCGGAAUUUACUCAAGCUUUCGAUCAUGCCCUCUACGUCUCUGCGAGCCGCGCGAGGCUAGGAUGGAUAUCCUACCUCAUCCCAGACAAGAAGCUCGAUCACUCAGUUCGCACAUGUCAAAGAUUUAUCGACAGGUAUGUGGCCAAAGCCUCGGCCGACGAGAAGCUCAAGGAACGGCCAUAUCUCUUUCUUCACGAACUCCUGCAGUCUGGGGCGUCAAUGGAACACAUUCGCGAUCAGCUGCUUGCGAUUAUCAUCGGGGGGAGAGACACUAGCGCCAGCACGCUCAGUGCAUUGUUCUGGACUCUGGCGCGGCGACCGGAUAUCGUGAAGAAGAUCCAGGACGAGAUCGCCGAUUUGGAUGGACAGAAGCCGACAUGGGAAGACCUCAAAAGUUUCAGAUACGUCAACAUGGCCUUGAAAGAGACCUUGAGACUCUGGGCCCCGGUAGUCACGAAUAUGCGAUGCGCAGCCAAAGAUACAGUCCUUCCCAAGGGCGGCGGUGCCGAUGGCCAGUCGCCUCUGUUUGUCCCCAAAGGAACGGCCGUUCGAUGGAGUCUGCAUAGUCUACAUCGGCGCAAAGACAUUUUUGGCGAAGAUGCGCAUGAGUUCCGACCCGAAAGAUGGGAAACACUGAGGACUUCAUGGGAGUAUCUUCCAUUUAGUGGUGGACCUAGGACAUGCAUAGGACAGCAGUUUGCCCUAACCCAGAUGGCAUACGUGGUCGUGAGGGUCUUUCAAACUUUUGAAACUGUAGAACCGAAGGACGAGCGUCCUAUGUUGCAUACCCUGAGCACCACAACUAGCCUUUUGAACGGCUGCCAUGUGAAAUUCGAGGCUUGCUAG